AUGGACAGCAGCGUCCCCAACCACGCCCGCCAUGAUCCUCCGGACACGGCAUAUCUGCCCAGCUACACCCCUCGUACCCGUGAGGCACCCCCCUCGGGUCCGCCUCCAGCCUACGCCGCCGUCCUAGGCAAGGUCUACCCGUACACCCUCCGACCCGUCAUCCUCUUCACCACCUUUGUCACCUUCCUCUACCUCCUCCUCAUCUCCAUCUCGCAGUUCAAGGACGCCGCCGGCUUCGAGGUAUCCGGCAAGCUCAUGCUCUUCUACAUCAUCCAGGGAUCCCUGCUCCUGCUCGUUGCCUUGGUCGAGGUGCUCGGCUUUGUGGCCGCGUUCCGGUCCAACCUCAAGCUCGCCACCGUCUACUCGCGCAUCGCCCUGCCCUCGUACAUUCUCGUCGUCGCCGCCCAGAUCCUCGCCGUCGUGUCCCACUACACCUGCAAGAGGGACUUUAUCAACGCCUGCACGGCCCAGAACACGGGCAAGCGCGUCAGCUCGGGCGACAGCUUCUGGUGGAACAGCUCGACGACCAGCUACACGCUCUCGGGGCCCGAGGCCGAGUCGUACUGCCAGGACCAGUGGAACUCGGAGUCGACCUGGACCAUUGUCUGGCUCGUCGUCGUCCUGAUUGUGGGUGUGCCGUUUGUCAUGUUCAGCUUCGCCUUUGCCAGGCAGUUGCGCGACCCGGCCUCGGUGCGCGUGCGGGUGCAGCCCGUAUGGAACUGGGGACGCAACAACCACCAGCAGGCUCCCAGCUCGCAGUACGCCCAGGGUCCCUACGACCCGCAGGCCCAGUCGUACGCCAUGGGAGCUUACCCGCCGCCGCCGGCCGGACCGUACGCGCGGCCUCCAGGACCGCCUCCGCCGGACGGCAACGACCUGCCCGACUACCAGCGAGGGCCGCACGUGGGUGAGGACGACUUCAACGACCGCAAGAGCUCGAUCGGUGGCCGGCAGAGCGACGGGUACGGCUACUCGGUCGGCUACGGCGAGCGGCCCGGAUCGAGUCGGGGGGGCGACGCGCGCGAAAACGACGCCGCCAAGGACUCGCAGGUGACGGUCACGCUCGACGACGACGACAAGAAGGGUGGUACGCGGACCAAGACGCGCGACCACGGCGACGACGACGACGACGACGAUGGUCCCAGGGUCUAG